AUGAGCAUCAGAAGUGGGAUAGGAGAUUCAGAGGUGAGGGUUAAGCCACGUGGCAGGAAUGAAGACCAAAAUCAGUACUGGCAGCAACAUCCAACAGCCAUAGCCAAUUACAGGAUGGAUAAACAUGAAACUAUAAACAAAUGCAUGUUGUGGAUAAUGCCUCGCAAGAAACGGGCAAUGAGAAAAAUUGGCAACAGCUCCGCUGCAGACGUUAAAGCUGGGGUACUAUUAAUAAGGCAGGGUAUGUCUAUCAGAAAAGCAGCUACGAGUUGUGGUGUGCCAUUUACUACCCUGAAGAGGUAUUAUUGGAAAACUGCUGGUUCCGAAAAUCUCGAUGAGGAGCGAUUCGAGCCGAAUUAUUCUGUGAACCAGAUCUUUACCGCAUCCCAAGAAGAGAAGUUGAAGGAAUAUUUUUCGCAUUGCGCUCUUCUGUUUUACGGAUUAACUGCAAGAGAAUGUCGUCAAGUGGCGUAUCAAUGUGCUAAGCUAAAUAAUAUAAAGAUGCCUAAAUCUUGGACAGACAAUGAAAUGGCGGGUAAGGACUGGUUAACUUUGUUCAAACGUAGGAACAGGUUUUCUUCCAGGAGACCAGAACCUUGUAGCCUAGCAAGAGCUACAGCCUUCAACCGAAACAACGUCAAUAAUUUUUACAAUAAUUUAGAAGAUCUGAUCAAGAGAAACUCGGCUUUUGCAAAUGGUACCCGUAUAUUUAAUCUGGAUGAAACAUCAACGACAACAGUGCAAAAGCCUCAAAAAGUAAUAGCACCAUUAGGCAGAAAAUGCAUUGGAAAAGUCACAAGUGGUGAGAGAGGAACUUUGGUAACCACAUGCUUUGCCACCAGUUAUGAUAUUUCCUAG